AUGUCCCUGUUGAUAAAGAAGGAGACCUUCGAGGAGCCUCUUGCUCGCUUCUACAUUGCUGAUCUAACUCUUGCCCUGGAAAGCGUUCAUAAGCUUGGAUUCAUUCACAGAAUCGUCUAUUUUGCUCCAAUUUCCUGGUUGACGCCUCGACAGGCCAAUAUGAUAGAAGCUCCAAGUCUGCUUAAACCGACAACUGUUUCCAAGCCAAUUAUAAGCCUUUUCUUCCAACAAGGCGAAACUGAGGUUGAUACACUUUUAUAG